GGGAAGAAUUUCGAAAAUUGAUUCAGAAACGUCGCUAGAGUUUCAUUCAAAUUUUCCAUAUCCAAUCAUCGACGAAAUAAGUUGACAGGAAAAUGGUCAAAAAAAGUAACCUGGCAAACACUUUGCAUACCUUCAACGGUAUCUCGAUGAUUUUAGCCGUAGUCGUCAUGGGCCUAUGCUUGUGGCUGCGCUAUGAAUGGGACUUCAAGCACUACGUGUACGAACUGGAAGCCCAAAAGGUUUUGUGGACCGGCCCAUACAUUCUUAUUGCUUCGUCUACUUUGGCAAUGGCAACGGUCGUCAUCGGUGUCUGGGCAACUGUCGUCGAGGACUGCCAACUCUUUUUACUGUUCGUGAUGGGCAGCGUUUUGUCGGUCAUUCUGGGGAUAGCCGGACUAGCCUACACUCUCGAUCAUGGAAUCUACAAGUCUGACUUGACUCCGUGGUUGGAGGAGCGCUUCUUUGUCCUCUUUCACGAGAUGGAUCACAACGAAAGAUCUGCACGCAUCCUGCGAAUCAUUCAAGAAGAUAUUGAAUGUUGCGGUCCUUCCGACUGGAAAGACUAUGCGGCGUUUAACAAGGUCUUGCCAGACGAGUGCCGCAAUCCUUCGACCGGAAAUAUUGCGGGUGGUGGUUGCGCGGAAGAAUUCGCUCGCUGGAUGGAACCUAAAACCGGUUGGCUAUCCGGCAUCGCAUUACUGCUCGUCGUCAUCCAGCUAGGAGGCAUAUCGACCAGCUUGUGGCUAAGGAAAGUAAUUUUGCGAGAGCAUUUCAAGGACAAUAAACCGUAUCGUCCAGUCAGGACAUAAAAAAAAAGCUUAAAAUUAUCCAAUUUAAAUUUCUGACAUUUCUAAAUACACGUAAUGAAAAAAGAGAAAAACCCAGAUAAAGCCGGUUAUAGUAUUAAAGUCUUUAACUUUCCGAAAUCCAUGGUCGUAUUAAGUGACUUGCGAUAUUUCCUAAUACAUCGCAGACACUUGUAGUUACCCAAUUUAUUACUGCGACCUUUCAUACACAUUGCUGGGUUUAUUUAUUAUACUCACGAACAUGAUCCGUACUAAUAACGAAUAACCUUUCCAUUCUGCAUAUGAAUAACGGUCGUUGAUCAACGAUCAACCACAGCGACAAAA